CAAGAGAAAAACCAUCUUCCAACUUCACAGAAAACACAUAAUUAACCUCUAUAUAGCUCCGAGCAUCACCACAUGGCUGACCGCCAGCACCGCCGAGAAGCCAUUGAUGACCAAAAUGGCCUAAAUCAAUCCCAAGUAAUUGUGGUUAUGGUGCCUCUUCCAGCACAAGGCCACCUCAACCAGCUCCUCCAACUCUCCAGGCUCAUCCUGUCUUACAAUAUUCCGGUCCACUUCAUCGGCACCGCCACCCACAACCGCCAGGCCAAGCUACGGGUUCAUGGCUGGGAUGUACCUCCAAAUGCUAGUAUCCAUUUCCAUGACCUUGAAAUCCCACCUUUUCCUUGCCCUCCACCUAACCCAAAUGCCAAGAACAAGUUCCCUUCUCAUUUGCUACCUGCUUUCAUUAAUGCCUCAUCUCAUCUUCGAGAGCCUGUGUCUGUUCUUCUGCGUUCACUUUCGAGCAAAGCAAGAAAAGUUAUUGUCAUCAAUGAUUCUCUAAUGGCGUCUGUGAUUCAAGAAGUUCGAUUCAUCUCCAACGCUGAGUCCUACAUUUUCCAUAGUGUAUCAGCUUUUACCAUUUGCUUGUUACAGAUGGAAAGAAGUGGGAGACAUAAUAAAAUUGGAGCUAUCCCAGAAAAUAUUCCCACUUUUGAAGGGUGUUUCACUGAUGAGUUCUUGGAUUUUCUUGCUUCUGAGUAUCAGUAUCACAAGUUUAAUUCAGGGCGUAUUUACAACACAUGCAGAUUGAUAGAAGGUGAUUUCAUUGAGUUUCUCGAGAAACAAGAGAGAGAAACACUGGAGGAAAUUGUUAGUACUAAGAAGAAGCAUUGGGCUUUAGGGCCUUUUAAUCCAGUGAUUAUACCUGCAGAAAGAUCAAAAGGCACAAAUGGAAGACAUUUUUGCUUGGAAUGGCUGGAUAAACAAGCUAGAAACUCGGUGAUUUACGUGUCUUUUGGGACAACAACAGCCAUGAACAAUGAACAAAUCAAGCAACUAGCAAUUGGGUUGAAGCAAAGUGGCCAAAAAUUCAUCUGGGUACUGAGAGAAGCUGACAAAGCAGAUAUUUUCAACGUCGAUAAUGAAAGAAAAGCUGAGAUCCCAAAAGGGUACGAGAAUUCAGUGGAAGGCGUGGGAUUGGUGGUGAGAGAUUGGGUACCACAAUUGGAGAUUUUAGCUCACCCAGCAACAGGAGGUUUUAUGAGUCACUGUGGGUGGAAUUCUUGCAUGGAAAGCAUCAGCAUGGGCGUACCAAUUGCAGCUUGGCCAAUGCAUUCAGAUCAGCCAAGAAACGCAGUGCUAAUUACAGAGUUGCUUAAGAUUGGCGUUACUGUUAAGGAAUGGGCACGUAGAGAUGAGAUUGUUACAGCAAAGAUGGUUGAGAGCUCUGUGAAGAAGCUAAUAGCUUCAGAUGAAGGAGAUGGAAUAAGGAAGAGAGCAGCAGAACUUGGUGAGUCUGUAAGGGAAUCAAUGGUUGAAGGUGGAUCUUCUCGCAUGGAGAUAGAUUCUUUCAUUGCCCAUAUCUCAAGUUGUGUUUAAUUACAUAGUUUUCUUAAAAAUUCUCAUGUUUAAUAUUUCUACUCCAAUCAAAUUGGAAACUUAAGAUUG